AUGGCGAGUGCAACGGAGACGCUGUGCGGCCAGGCGUACGGGGCAAAGCAGUACCACAUGCUGGGGAUCUACCUGCAGCGCUCGUGGCUCGUUCUCUUGGCCUUCGCUGCGCUGCUCGCUCCGGUCUACGUCUUCAGCGGGCAGCUGCUCGCCGCGUUCGGCCAGCCCGCCGAGCUGUCGCGCGCGGCGGGCUCGGUCAGCAUGUACUUUCUGCCGUCGCACUUCAUGUACGCCGUUCACCUGCCAGUCAUGACAUUCCUGCAGUGCCAGCGCAAGAACUGGGUCCCCGCGGUUGCCACGGCGGUGGUGCUCGCCGUGCACGUCGCCGCCACCUGGCUCCUGGUGAAUUAUCUCGGGCUCGGGAUCUUUGGUGUGGCCAUGGCGUUCAACCUCUCCUGGGUGGUCUUGGCAGCGCUGCUGCUCUCGUACGCCCUCGGCGGCGGGUGCCCGGAGACGUGGAGUGGGUUCUCUGCGUCGGCGUUCGUGGACUUGAAGGAGUUUGUUACGUUGUCUGCGUCGGCGGGUGUCAUGGUGUGCUUGGAGAAUUGGUACUACCGGAUAUUGAUUUUCCUCACGGCUUACAUGAAGAGUGCAGAGCUAGCCGUGGAUGCACUGUCUAUCUGUAUGAGUUUGACCGGAUGGGAAAUGAUGAUUCAUAUGGGAUUCUUAGAAGGCACUGGUGUGAGAGUAGCUAAUGAACUCGGGGCGGCCAAUGGAAAUGGUGCAAGAUUUGCGACAAUCGUAUCAACAGCAACAUCCUUUCUGAUCAGCCUCUUCGCUAGUUUUCUGGCACUGAUUUUCCACAACAAGCUGGCCAUGAUCUUCGUAUCAAGUGGGGCUGUGAUAGAUGCAGUGGAUAACAUUUCCGUUCUGCUGGCCCUCACCAUCCUUCUGAAUGGGAUCCAACCUGUGCUCUCUGGAGUUGCUAUUGGUUCAGGGUGGCAAGCUCUAGUUGCUUAUGUGAAUGUUGGAAGUUACUACUUGAUUGGCGUUCCUCUUGGUGUUCUGCUAGGAUGGCGUUUCAACUAUGGCGUCCCUGGCAUCUGGGCCGGGAUGAUCAGUGGCACAACAAUGCAGACUCUAUUUCUGGCACUGAUCACCCUUCGAUGCGAUUGGAAUAAGGAGGCACUGAAAGCUGGUAACAGAGUGCGGCAAUGGAGUAGCACCAACUGA